GUCUCCCCACAAAGUGCCCGGCAGGUGCGGCGGCCGGGCGGAGUUGGCCGGGCGCGGCGGCGGCAUGCAGACCUGUGCCCGCUGGUGGGGGCGGCUCGUGGGCCGGGGGGCCGCUCUGCACCUGCCCCCGGGCGGCGCCCUGGCGGGGAAGAAGCCGCCGGGCAGAUGGGGAUGGCGGGGUCAGCAGAGCGCGGCGGCGGGGGGCAGCGCCCCCAACACCAGCGCCGCCGCCUCGCGGUCCUCCCGGUACAUCGAGCAGCUCCUGCCCCGGCACGACGACUUCUCCGAGCGGCAUAUCGGGCCCCGGGACAAAGAGAAGCGGGAAAUGCUGCAAACUGUGGGUCUGGCGAGUAUCGAUGAGCUGAUGGAUAAAACCGUUCCUGCCAGCAUCCGCCUGAGAAGGCCCCUGAAGAUGGAUGACCAAAUUUGUAAGUGACCGUUUCACGCUGGACGCCAGUAGGAGCUUUGUGUAAAAUCUCCCCCCUCCUUGCCGCUCUUGUUUCUAGUCUAAUUAAUCAGCAUUACAAUAGCUCAGCGGAGGAGUUACAGUUUUGCUUUUCUUUAUCCCAGUAAUUAGUCUGAUGACUAAAAUUGUGUAAAAACUGUAACAAAAAACCUACCUAUUUCCACUAAAAUGCAACAGGACUUAACACAAAGAAGCAAGAAUAAACGUACCAGUGCUAUACUGUAUUGCUCUUCAAUCUGUGAUGUUGUGCCUAGUUGUAGCAGUAUGUUGGUUGCAUAAAGGUACCUGUUGUUCUCACAUUUGAAACAAAUAAGAAAACUUUUAUGGCAGGAUGAGACUACCUCAUUCCAGGCUGAAUCCUGUGUUUUGAGUUAACUGAAGUGCAAUAAUCCUUGGCAUGCCCUGAAAGCACUGUGAUAUGGAUUAAAAAUUGCUGUUCAUAAAUCUGAGUCACCCUAGCACAAGUUGUUACCUCCUAUGCUGAGUGACACUUUGAGACCUGUUGCUCAGAAUUUACAUCUUUAAAUAAAAUACCAAAAAAGACUAGGAGGCGUCUACCAUACAUAAAAUAACUAUUUAUAUUUGGAAGUUUAGUCUGAUUUUUUUUUUUGAGAUUGAUCCCAGUGUAUGAAUCAAUGAUGUGCAUACAUUUUUAAAACUGGAAUCGGAAUUCAGCACAUCAUGAGAAACAAAGGUGUUCCUUUUGUAUUUUAAUAAAUGUAGAACCCAUUUUGAUGAAAACCCGUUUGCAGAAUUUCAACCCAGCAGAAUUUUUUUUUCUAGUUGAAUUAGUCAUCUGAAAAUGGUAUUUAACUUGGAUAUAGAGGUUACUUUUAAUAGUAGCCUAAAACUCAACUAUAAUAGUACUAAUGGGCACUAGUAUAAUUCAGCAAAUUACUAUUGUCAUAAAUCAAAGCUUACAGGUGCUGUUAGUAUAAUGGGGGAACUUGUGGAUUUCAAGUCCUUACAACUAAGGAGGUCUCCAAUCUUUAAUUAGAGGGAACAUUUUUAAAAAUAUACAAUUACAUUAGUACAGAAAGACCAUAAUAAAUGUUUGCCAAUAUCUUCCUGGAAAACACACUGGUGCCAAAAAAAACGUUUUAAAAGUCGUAUUGACUAAAUAAUUGCACUAAAACAUAAAGCUUAAGAGCUGCCCAGCAUCUUGAAAAUCACUACAUCAGUAUCACCUUUUAGCUUAUGUGUUUAACAUAUUAGCAAGUAGGAUAAUUUAUUUUGAUUCCUCUUGCUCCCCUUUAAUAUUGCUCAUCAGCAAAUUGUAAUUUAAGUGUAAACUUUAGGCCCUGCAGCUUCUGUAAGGUUCCUGGCCAGUUCAAUCUGGUUAGUUUGAGAUGACAUCACAGAACAGAAGCAGCAGCCAGAAUGGCCAGGAAAGCUAUAGCCUGAAAAGACUACUUCUAGCCAGGAAUUACACAAUAUGAUGAAAAGUCUGUUAUUUCAAAGAUUUUAUUUAAAUCUUUGAUGCAUUGGUGUAUUUUAUUUUUAAAUAAUUUUUACCCACCUCUCAAAAAGAGUGGGUGAUCUUAAACUCCUCCUCACUA